AAAAAGGAAACAGAAAUAAAAGGAGAAGGGGAACGCACGAGACGAGAGACGAACGAAGCGUUCUCGAUAAUAAUCACCGUGCGUGCGUCUUGAGAGCUUUAGCUUCGUCCUCUCUCUCUCUCUCAAAAACCCUAAAUUCUCUGAGAGAUCGAUCGAAUCGAAUCAAAAUCCGUUAUAAUGGCGAAUAGCAAUCUACCGCGAAGAAUCAUCAAGGAAACUCAACGUCUACUUAGUGAACCUGCUCCGGGGAUAAGUGCGUCACCGUCAGAGGAGAAUAUGCGAUAUUUCAAUGUUAUGAUUCUUGGUCCUACCCAGUCUCCUUAUGAAGGAGGAGUUUUCAAGUUGGAGCUCUUUUUGCCUGAAGAAUAUCCUAUGGCAGCUCCCAAAGUUAGGUUUCUCACCAAGAUAUACCAUCCUAACAUUGACAAGCUUGGAAGGAUCUGCCUUGACAUACUGAAAGACAAGUGGAGUCCUGCCCUACAAAUAAGAACUGUGCUCUUGAGUAUUCAAGCUCUUCUAAGCGCACCGAACCCUGAUGAUCCACUGUCUGAGAACAUAGCAAAGCAUUGGAAGAGUAAUGAAGCAGAAGCUGUGGAGACAGGUGAUAAAGCUUGUUAA